ACCAACUAUGGUGGCUUUGAUGACACCCUUCUUGAAUGGAGUGGCUGGUAUCGUCUGUAUCUUCAAGGAAAAAGCGCUCAGAUUCCUGAAUCUGAUUGGUGUUGGAGUUAUAUGACCUGUGGUGGAUACACACCACUUUUGCUUGGAGGAUCUCAUCCUCAACCACAGGAUGGCAUCGUCACCCGAGAAAUCUAUGGUUCCAAUGGCUUUGUGACUGAUAGCUCACAAUGCAGUUCCCAAAGAUCAAACCCAAUCCAAGUCAAAGCCUGCCCAGGAAAAUACUACGUCUACCGCCUUGUCAAGCCAGCUGUAUCACUUCCAAUGCCCACAUACUGUGCAGUUGUUUUUGAGGCUCCCAAUUAUGAUCCGUGCAAUAACUAUACUGCUCUGGAUCAACCCUGGAGAGACACUAAUGAGACUGGACUGUGGAUCUGUGACAGUGACUUCAACUGGAAUGGCUGGUAUCGGCUGCUGUAUAACGGGAUGAGUGUCCGUAUGGCAGAGAGCUGUGUUAAUGAAUACAGAUGUGGUACUUAUGUCACUUUGUUCCUGAAUGGAUCUCACCCUCAGAUAGAGGAUGGAAUAGUCACUCGUGCAGUCUGUGGGAAUGUAGGCUGGGAGGACUGCUGUUAUCUUAGAUCUACUCCAAUUCGAGUCAAAGCAUGUCCAGGAAACUAUUAUGUCUAUGAGUUUGUCAAGCCAUACUUCUGCAGUGCAGCUUACUGUGCAGAUGUGAACACCAUUGAUCCCAACACCACCCUGAACUCUACACCCAGUGUUGCAGCAUCAAGUAUUAACACUACAGACACAUCAAAAAACCUCACUUUUGACCCCUGCAAUGUCUCCAGUGUUCUUGAUGAUUACUGGAGAUCAGUUGACACUAGUGACCGUGGUCAUGAUGACACUCUUCUUGAAUGGAAUGGCUGGUAUCAGCUGUAUAUUGAGGGAAGAAGGGCUCAGAUUCCUGAACCUGAAUGGUUUUGGAGUUUGGAUUCUUGUGGUGGUUACACACCACUUUUCCUUGGAGGAUCUCAUCCUCGACCAGAGGAUGGCAUCGUCACCAGAGACAUCUAUGGAACAUAUGUGACUGAUAGCAGUCAGUGCAAUUUCUACAAAUCAAACCCAAUUCAAGUCAAAGCCUGCCCAGGAAAUUAUUACGUCUACAAACUCGUCAAGCCAGCUGUAUCACUUCCAAUGCCCACAUACUGUGCAGUUGAUUACAAUGCUCUCAGUUAUGAUCCCUGCAAUAACUACACUGCUCUGGAUCAACCCUGGAGAGGCACUAAUGAGACUGGACUGUGGAUCUGUGAUGACAACUUCAAAAGGGAUGGCUGGUAUCGGCUGCUGUAUAACGGGAUGAGUGUCCGUAUGCCAGAGAGCUGUGUUAAUGAAUCCAGAUGUGGUACUUAUAUCACUCUGUGGCUGAAUGGUUCUCACCCUCAGAUAGAGGAUGGAAUAGUCACUCGUAGAGUGUGUGGGAAUGGAUGGGAUGAGGACUGCUGUUCUUACAGAUCCUACCCAAUUCGAGUCAAAGCAUGCCCAGGAAAUUAUUACGUCUAUGAGUUUACCAGGCCAAUCUACUGCUAUGCAGGUUACUGUGCAGAUGUGAACACCAUCACUCCAAACAACACACUAACGUCUGUGACCAGUGAUGCAACAUCAAGUAUAAACACUACAGACUCUCCAGGAAACAUGACGUUUGACCCCUGCAUUGUCUACAGUGUUCUAGAUAAUGAGUGGCGAAGAACAGACAGCAUGUUUUACACCAACUAUGGUCAUUACGAUGAUACUCUUGUUAAAUGGAGUGGCUGGUAUCGUCUGAUUCUUCAGGGAAGAAGUGCUCAGAUUCCUGAAUCAUAUUCUUGUGUGAGUUUCAUGUCAUGUGGUGGUUACACACCACUUUUGCUUGGAGGAUCUCAUCCACAACUACAGGAUGACAUUGUCACCCGAGACAUCUAUGGCUAUGUGACUGACAGCAGACAAUGCAAUUCCUACAGAUCAAACCCAAUCCAAGUCAAAGCCUGUCCAGGAAAUUACUAUGUCUACAAACUUGUUAAGCCAGCUGUGUCACUUCCAAUACCCACAUACUGUGCAGUUGUGUUGGAGACUCUCAGUUAUGAUCCCUGUAAUAACUACAUUUCUCUGGAUCAACCCUGGAGAGGCACUAAUGAGACUGGAGAGUUCAACUGUGAUGAUGACUAUAACUGGAAUGGCUGGUAUCGGCUGCUGUAUAAUGGGAUUAGUGUCCAUAUGCCAGAAAGCUGUGUUGAUGUAUUCAGAUGUGGUACUUAUAUCACUCUGUGGCUGAAUGGGUCUCACCCUCAGAUAGAGGAUGGAAUAGUCACUCGUGCAGUCUGUGGAAAUGUAGGCUGGGAGGACUGCUGUAAUCUGAGAUCUACUCCAAUUCGAGUCAAAGCAUGUCCAGGAAACUAUUAUGUCUAUGAGUUUGUCAAGCCAUACUUCUGCGCUGCUUACUGUGCAGAUCAAAAUUUCACUAUGUUUGCAGAAUGCAAGGAAAAUUUCACCCAAAAUUGUGCAAACGAUCUGUUUGAUCAAAUCAACAACAGCAGUAAUCUAGUGCUUCCAAAAGAAAUGGUAGAGUUGGCACUCGAGCACACUCUGAAAAAUCAGCUUGUAGCCUUUGGGAAUGAAAUUCUAAACAAGACUGAGUCAUUGGUGUCUACACUGGUGAACCGUCAACAAGGAAACUACUCAGUUAACAUCUCUGUCAGUGGCUUAGAUGUUCAAGUCCUUGCAGUUGGAUCAAAUAUCUCAUUGAAAGAAUUAUCUACACCCAUAAACAAGACUCAGAGGGAUAACAACCCUAAUCUGAUUUUAAAGGACUACAGUGUUAAACCAAAUGUCUCCUCAAGGAAUAUCCCUCAGCUCAGCAUAAACGAUGCUCAGAUGGAUAUCGACCUCACCCAGAUUUCAAGGAAUAACAAUGGAUCAGCAGCUGUGGCCUUCAUGAGCUUCACUGACCUGUCAAGUGUGCUAGAACCCGGCCUGUUCAACCAAACUAACAACACACAGAAAACCAUGAUGUCCACCGUGAUAUCAGCCACACUGCCCAGAACUACCAACCAAACACUCAUCACACCAGUCAACUUCACUAUGAAACACACUGCA